AUGGUUUACAGACCUACUACGACUUGGUCAUGGAGCUUUCUGCUCCUGGCUAUCAUCCAGUCUUGCGCUGUACUGGGACUUGAAGGAUAUGUGUUUGCAAAAUUUCAAAAUAACCUCAAUGUAGAUGUUAUCAAUUCAAAGACGCCAAAUGCCUUCCAGGCAGCUCAGACACGCACGAUCCCAACUUAUCUUACUCUCUUCAUUUUCGCUCACAUGUUCCUGGUGAUUCUGUGUUAUGAUGCGCUGCGCCUGAAGAACACCAUUCAAGUUAUCGGUAUUUGCAUAUUCAACGGUGCUAUGCUUGUUUACGCAGCUAUUCAGAUGGAUCAGAUCAAGGACGCAAACACCGCCUUGAGGGAGCUAGGCGUCACUACAGAAAUGGUAGAAAAGGGAGGCGAUCCUAACGUCAAGGGCGCCUUGGAAACAAAUAUUUGGCCGUAUAUUCAGCCGUCUUUAAUUGCCAUCCCGUGUAUCAUCGCCUUGUCGACAAUCUUGAUGUGCGUAGUUUGCUGGAAACUUUACGAUGAGUUUGCAUGGACCAUCUAUAAGCAUAUCAGUGCCGAUCUAAGAAUGAGAAAGAGAUAUCUCACUUUCCAGAUUUUCAUUGCUUUGCUCAAAUUCGAUUUCUUCUUCUUUGUAGGAUUUACAGUCCAAUUUAUCGUCAUUGUCGCCUCAACCACCAGCUAUGUCACGAAACAGAUUAAGGGUACCAAUAAGGAUUACGAAUUCUACGUCACCAUUGUCGUGCUCCCGCUCACAAUAGCCUUCUUGAUUCUCGCGGCAUGGUGUACAAGGAGGGAAAAGAAGCUUGCGAUGGGUGGUGUAGUUGUCAUAUUUUUCGCGGCGCUUGCAUACUUUAUCUUCAAAUUGGUCAGGAUGUACCAAUCUCCAUAUGACGACAGCUACAAACCCGCGCGACGAAGUUUAACAACUUUUGCCGUGAUAACAAUUAUACUCAUCAUCCUCACCAUUGCCAAUGCAAUAGCAUGCAUGAUCAAUUUCGACAAGGGUCUAAAACCUCACAUUACACGACGAAAGAUGUCCGAUGAGGAGGAGAAGCACAGCAUGACAGAGAUGAGCAACCACGCUACUCAUACCAUGCCCUCACGGAUGACAAUCGACUAA